UGGACGGCGUAGUUUGCAGUUUGAACAGAAAAUGCGCAAUUAUCUCUGGUUAGCAGUGCUCCUGGUGGUGGCCACCACCUGCAUCAAGGCCAAGCCACUGGUCUCCUUCGGCGUCAGCUACCAGCAGCCUUACCUGGGCCCCCAGCCAGGAUCCUACUACUACGGAGGACCGUACCCGGCUGGUGGCUACUACAACAACUACCACAACAGCCCGGGUCCGUACGGCUACCCCUAUCCGUAUGCCAAUCGGUAUGGCGCCCUCGAUCUCGGAAUUGGCGCCCUGUCGCUAUCGUCGUUCCUGCUCUGAUUCCGUAUAAAAGCCAAAAGCCACAGCAAA